AACUCAAACCAACAACUUCUUGGUAAUAACAUACAGAUCUAACACAGCUGGUGAAGUGAUGAAUUGAGGGAGGUCCCCCAACAAUGGAAAAGUUGGCUUGUAAGUGUUAGAGACCACGAUGGGGACAUGUGGCUCCGUAUAGGCCAGCAUGUGAGUUUGUAUUUGAAAAGAAAAAGAGAAGUGAUAUAUGCUGGAGGGUAGUUGCUUUGUAUCACUAGGACAAAAAGGCUUGGAAGAAAAGAAAAAGAAUCAAGGUUUACCCUAUCAUUAUGGGAAAAGCCUUUUCACAACUGGUCAAAUAGAACGAGUUCAUUCCCACAUAACAACAUAAAGAUAAGUCCUUAACCACCGCGGAAAAAGUAGGAGGACUGAGCUGAUUUCCUCUUUGGAAUUUAAAUCUAUUCCAUUCAAGUUCCUACAGUAUGGUCCUUAGGGAAAUCUCAUCAUUGAGCUUACCAAGUUCUCAAAUAUACCACGUUCUUUGUAUGAAAGAAAAUAAGUAAAUAGUGCGGCUUUAAAUUAUUUUUGUUGGUCAAUGAUGUAUUUGAGAAAACUAGAUUACUAGCUUCUCUGACAUGCCAGUGUAUUUAAAUUUUAAAAUAUAGUGGUCAUUACAAGAGUAGGAUUGCUCAGUUUCUCUUGGAAUCUCCAUGCUGUAACCACUUUGUAGCUGUGCAAAAUCUUGCCCGUACUUGUUGAUAAAAAAAAAGUUAAUCAAUCAAACAAGUUUUUGGGAAAACCAAAAAGAAACCGUGUAUAUCUGUAUACAACCUGCAAUAUACCCUAAGAUGCUAUCAAGUACUUAUAUUCUCUGGUGACUCAGGAACUCGGGAAUACAGAAAAUGAGUAAUUUUAUUUUUUCUAAUCCUAAAAUACACUACAUUAGUCAUUUUAACCCAGCCACCCACCACCCAGUUGGUGUGGUAAAAAACAAAAGAGUUACAAGGUAUUUGUAGUUGAUGCAUCAAAACCAGAAAAAAAAAAGUAGAACUAGAAGUCUAAAAGAAGAUCUACACACUGUAAUACUCAAGAGAAUAUUAUCGAGGAAGCCCACAUUCCAAUAGCUAGUUUCCUUUUCAUAGCAGCAAAACUUUAUACACUGACUCAUUCAAACAUUUGAAGGCCCAAGUAUGCAUACACAACUUUCUUUUUGCUUCAUAGACUGACCCAACACACUAUGAUCCAUGCCCCUCAUACAUCACUUUCACCACCAUUUUCUAGCCAGCAUGCAAGGAAAAAAAUUAUAAUAAAGCUAAAACUAUAAUCAUAUAAUGAGGUAGAAAGCAGCUCCCAUUCACAAAGUGGCCCACAUUUAACCCCAUGCAGUAAGUACUCAGUAGUAACAUUGUAACAAUUUAAAAGCAGCACACACCUCUCUCUUUCUGAAACUGUUUUACCUUAGUCCUACUCUCCAUUUUGUGAAAGAUGAUGCACUGGCCAACAAGGAAAACCAUGGCAAUAACUGUGGUGUUGCUUCAGCUGAGCUUUUCCUUUGAGAUCUUCUGUCUCUCUUAUCAUGCAGAUAGAAUUGUUCGGCUUCCUGGCCAACCCAACAUAGGCUUCCAACAGUUCUCAGGAUAUGUCACAGUUGAUGACAUGAAACACAAGGCUCUCUUUUACUAUUUUGUUGAAUCAGAAACUGAUCCAGCUUCAAAGCCUCUUGUUCUCUGGCUCAAUGGAGGACCUGGUUGUUCUUCUCUGGGAGUGGGUGCAUUCUCUGAAAAUGGACCUUUUAGACCCAAUGGGGAAGUUCUGAUAAAAAAUGAGUACAGUUGGAACAGAGAGACAAACAUGUUGUAUUUGGAGACACCAGUUGGAGUGGGGUUCUCUUAUGCUAAAGGUGGCUUCUCCUAUAAGAAUGUGAAUGAUGAGACAACAGCCAGGGACAAUCUUGUAUUCUUGCAACACUGGUUUAACAAGUUCCCUCAAUACAGACAGAGAGAUUUGUUUCUAGCAGGAGAAAGUUAUGCAGGGCAUUAUGUUCCACAACUUGCAAAGCUCAUGAUUGAAAUAAACAAAAAGGAGAAGAUAUUCAAUCUGAAAGGCAUAGCUUUGGGUAAUCCAGUUCUAGAAUAUGCCACAGACUUCAAUUCAAGGGCUGAGUUCUUCUGGUCUCACGGAUUGAUAUCAGAUUCAACGUACAAAUUGUUCACUACAGGUUGUAAUUAUUCCCGGUAUGUCAGUGAAUACUAUAGAGACUCAAUUUCGCCACUUUGUUCAAAGGUUAUGAGGCAAGUAAGCAGAGAAACCAGUAAAUUUGUGGACAAAUAUGAUGUCACCCUUGAUGUUUGCAUUUCCUCAGUGCUUUCACAAUCCAAAGCUUUUUGUCCUCAAGGCCAACAAACAAAUGAGAGCAUAGAUGUAUGUGUAGAUGACAAAGUUAGAAAUUACUUAAACCGAAAAGAUGUGCAAAAGGUUCUCCAUGCCAAGCUUGUUGGAGUUCGAAAGUGGGAUGUCUGCAGCAACAUUCUGGACUAUGAUAUGCUCAACCUGGAGGUACCAACACUUCCUGUUGUUGGAUCACUUAUAAAAGCUGGAGUUCGGGUCUUAAUUUACAGUGGAGAUCAAGAUUCAGUAAUUCCACUUACUGGAAGCCGCACCUUGGUUCAAAAGCUUGCUAGACAACUAAGGCUGAAUACAACAGUCCCUUAUAGAGUAUGGUUUGAAGGCCAGCAGGUUGGUGGAUGGACUCAAGUUUAUGGCAAUAUCCUCUCAUUUGCCACCGUAAGAGGUGCCUCCCAUGAAGUCCCUUUCUCACAGCCUCAAAGAUCGCUUGUUUUGUUCAAGUCAUUCUUGGAAGAUAAGCCCCUACCUGAAUUUUCUGAUAAAACUUAAGAUUUUUUUUUUCUAAUUUAGUUGAGAGAUUGUGAGUAAGCCUAAAAAUUGUACUAUAUAAUUAUUCAAGGAAUGUAUUAACAAUGUAGAAUCUCGAAGUAAAAAAGA